CUUCCUUGCUCUCAAUUACACCUUCUCUUCAGCUUCUCUUCAGCUUCUCAUCAAAAAGAGCAUCUGAUCAUUUGCAUCUCUAAAAUGACUCGUGACCACUGCGACGUGCCCAUCGUGUUGAGCAUGGACCACCUUGAGUACGAAGACAUUGCCAAGCUCAAUCCCUUCUACGACGAAUUGAAAACUUUCUGGGAAUUUCCAUCGGAUAUAACCUACUCUUCGCUGUCCUCGAGCGCGUCCUCCGGCAGGGAUUCGUUCCAGUCCAUUCCGUCCGAGGUUGACAUGGUCGUUGCUCCUCUGGAAGUGUCGCCAUCGCCUCCAAUGCGCUACAUUAAGCCAGCGACUCCAGUCCCUGCGCCGGAGAAGGCUCGUGUGGUUCUUCAUGACGGAAAUGAAUACAAGACAGCCUACACUGCGCUUGAAAAACCCGUGGUGGCCCAGGUUGCGAUUGUAGAGUAUGAAGAGCAUUUCAAACAGCCCAUGUCACCGGUGAAAGUCUCCUCCGAUUCUGGCGAAUUGGACUUGCUUGAAUUCAAUCUUAUCGAUAAUCCAUUCAAGGAAAAAGUCGUCUCACAUAAAAGGCUCUUCGGCGAGAAUGGCUGGCUUGGAAACACCCCAGAUAUGAGAUGUCUGUCGAACGAAAAGCACAUGUCAAAGACAUUCAUCAAUCUGGGAAAGAAGAUCAAGCACCAAGUCGAGGAGUUCGCUGAGGACAUGGCGAAAGUCUAUCCUAUUCCAUUCGCUCGUGGACCGCGCCCUUUCAGGAUGUUGCCCGGAACGACUAUUCCCAUCUCGCUGAAUCCUCCGAUGCAGGCCAAGAUGUAUUCCGAGCUGGAAGUCAUGAUCUGUGUCACUGCCAAUGAUUUCUUAUUUGAGCAACACGGCAGGGGCCGGGUCUCCGAAGAAUCGAUCAGGAAAGUCACAAGCUUCUGGGAGUCCAAGAAUAGGCCUCACGUCGUCGAGUUUCAGUUCGACCAGGCCACUCAGCGCCGACUGAUCUUAUCCAACAUCCGCACUCUACAAUUCAACGGCGAGAGUUCGACUAAUCCCAUUCUGCUGCAUUCGAAUCUCCGUAACUGGAAGGCGAUCGUGCAAGAAAUGAGUGUGCGUACAUUCUGUGCUCCUGACAGCGCCAUCCGCAAGCACAUGCACGAUAUCGAUAAGCUCCUCGGAAUGCUAGGAGCGCCGACCGUGACUUUGCUUGCUUUCCAGGAACUGCAGAUGAAAACAUUGGCCAUGAUGAAGAAGAAUCUGGAGGAAAGGUACUCCGACGAGAAGGGCAAGGGCCGGUCAUCUAGGCCCAGAAACGGAUCCACUCGAGACCGUCGGGGACAGAGUGCUUAG